AUCUUACAUCAAUAAAUGUGGAAAGUCCUCACAAAGACAGUAAAAUCAAAAAAUCAAAAUGUGUGUUUGUGUCUGUGUGUACAUGUAUUAAGCCCUUUGUGAGGACUAAAGCAAUCAAGGUCCUCAUUAUGAUAGGAUAGAGUCAAAUGUCCUCAAAAUCACCUGGUCCUCACAAAAUAAAUCUGUUUUUGUUUUUAGAAAUGCAGUUUUUAUUUAUUUAUUUAUUUAUUUAUUUAUUUAUCUUUGGUUACUGAGGAUAAAGUAAGGUUAGGUAUCAGUAUAGCAUUAAUCAACUGCACAAAUAAUUAUGCCAAUGGAAGGUCCUCAUAAAGACAAUAAAACCAAAAUAUGUGUGUAUGCUUACAUUCUUUAUUUUAUCAGUGUGCAAACAGCAUGUCUUAAUCAUCACACACUCACCUCAAAAGAUGUUUUGGUUCAUUAACACCAUUUGCACAUAAACAGCUUCAAGUCAAAGCUAAACUGAAAUGUAAAUAACAUUGUGAGAAAGUUAUUGAUGAAUGAAAAUCCUGCAUGAAGUCACACCCCAUAUGAUCAGAAAUCAACGUGAAUUCUGUGUUUUGGUGCUGCAUUUGCGCUGGUGUAUUUUUGAGCUGUUUGUUUGUACAGGUUGAGAAAUCAAACCAGCACAAUGAUACUUCUAAUGCCACAAACAGCACUAUUUUUCUUAAAUUAGGUGUAUUUUUAGUCAGUGUUUGCUUGUGUGAUUGUGUGAUGGUGCACAUUGUGAUGUUACCAAUCAGUGAUGAACAGUGCUGGUGUCCCCACCCUGAGUAACAGUAGUUCCUGGAGUAAGUACCAAAAACCACACAACAGUAUCUUACCGUUUUCUGGAGUCAAAAGUUCCAGUAAAGUGUACUGCAGGUAAAGUGUAACAUGCAUGUGAGUGUGUGUUGUGUGUCCUCUGACUGUGUAUGUGUCCUGCAUUUGAAGUACGGAGGGCGUUUUACUUUUACACUGCUGAUGCAGACACACUUCCACCAUCUGCGCUUUUCUUCCUCUGGAGGAAACGGCACCCCGGGAGCGUUGCCUGGGCGACUGGCCCCGCCGUGUCACCGUCACUCAUGCACACACGCGCUGACUGCCAAAGACGGCUCGAUUCCAAACACAGAUAAAACCUGGAGCCAAAACACACUCGUCGAACAUGAGUUCUGUCUCAGACGUGGUCUGAUUAAUGACGCAAUAAAACCUGGUGCUGAUUAAAUACAAUGACUGAAUGAUACAACUUUCAAAACAAGAAACUAAAACCAGGAAAAUUACACAAACACACAGGAAUAGCACAAACAAAAAAAUGGGAAAGAGAGUGGAAGCACAAUGGAUCCCUGCAGUGCAUUCAGGAUAUUUAUGACAGUUUAGAUGGAAGGGAGAGUUAUGGAAGCUUGGUUUCACCACAUAUGAGAAAAUAUUAUGCAGAUUUAUCCCUCAGUCUUUGUCUCGCAAUUGCAAGUUAAUAUCUCACAGUUGCAGCUAGGAGAAUUCUUAAGGUUUGUUAUAUUGCUUGUUUACACACUGCUGGGUUUUGAUGUGGUUUAAUUAUUGGACACGGAAGCACUACAUCACAAUUGUGUGAUAUUCAUAAGUAAUUGUGAGAUUAAAAUUCGCAAUUGUGAAAUAUUUACUCAUAGUUGUGAGAUGUAAAGUCAAAAUUGUGAUAUUAACUCACAAUUACGAGAUAAGAAGUUGCAGUUGAGUGAUAUUAACAUGCAAUUAUGUGAUUAAAAAAGUCACAAUUGAGAGACAGUAACUCGCAAUUACGAUAAAAAAGUCGUAAAUGAGUGAUAUUAACUUGGAAUUACAGGAUAAAAAUGGUAUUAGUGAUAUUAACUCUCAGUUACGAGAUAAGACGUUGCAAUUGUGAAAUACUUACUCAGAGUUGUGAGAUAUAAAAUCACAACCAUGUGAUACUAACUCGCAGUCACAAGAUAAAAAAGUUGCGACUGAGUGACUUUAACUUGCAAUUAUGUGAUAAAAAGUCACAACUGAGCGAUAAUAACUCAAUUACAAGAUAUUAAGUUGAAAUUACAAGAUAAAAAAAAGUCACAAUUGAGUGAUAACUUGCAAUUACAGGAUUAAAAGUUGCAAUUGUGAAAUAUUUAUUUGGAGUUGCAAGAAGUAAAGCCAAAAGUGAGAGAUAUCAACUCAAUUAUGUGAUUAAAAAGUCACAGUUAUGUGAUAUUAUGUUGCAGUUGCAAGAUAAAUCUGCAUAAUAUUUUCUCAAGUGGCAGAAAAAAGCUUCAAUACCAGGUUCAUACAGACACUUUAAAAUAAACACUUUAAACAGGUGUCAUACUUUAAACACUUUAAACAGUGCAUAUGUUUCAAAACAGCUGAAUUCAGGCACUUCCUGCAGGCUCCAAGGGGUUUUAGAACACUUUUAGAGCUAAUGUUUGAACUAAAAGAAAAGUCUUCAGGCCUUUCAGGGACUUUUGGCACAAUUUCUUCAGGAAGGUUCAGGGCAAUUUGUAACCACACAGAGCAGUUUUUGGGCUGCUUGAGGCGCUUUUCGGAUAUUCGAAGACUUUUAAAAGCAGUUAUUUGGGCCUGAUGUUUCUUUUGUUUUCUUUUUAGGACCUAAUAAGGAAGUUUUGGGAUAAUUAGUGACAAUUAACUUUUGUUACUUGGCCAAUUAUCAGAUUGUUUGAGGUGGGUUUUUAAUCGUUUUUUAUUUUAAGAGGUCACCAUUCAAGGAUAUUUUGUGGGAUUUUUCACAUUGUCUCAGGCUAAUUUUUGGCAGUUUUUCCUCAAAAUGUCUAUGCUUUGGGUUGACCUUUCAAUCAAAUCAGCGUUAUUUUGACAUAAAUUGGGGAUUUCUUGGUAGCAUUUGUAAUAAUUUUUGGACUUUCUUUGGCUUUCAAAACCUUUUGGUACAAUUCUCCAGGGGUUCAUGGAAAUUUUGUAAAGUUGAUGUUUUAAAUCUGUUUGGUACAAAUUUGCUCGAAAAGGAUAGUACUGGAGACAUUUGAGUUUUCUCAAAGAAGCAGUUCAUAGAGAACAUUUUGGCCCUGAACUGUUUUUUUUCCACACAGCCUAAGUUCUGGGGUGAUCCCUUUUGGGUAAUUUUGGGAUUUUAGUGCCCUAUUCGCAGACAUUCCUGGUACUUUAGGGACAAUGUUUGGUUAAUUUGCGUAUUUCCGGGCCUAUUUUGGAGUGUUGGGGGCCGUUAUGUGAGACUAAUUUAUUUCUCUCUCUCUUUCUGUGGUUUUUCCUUUCUUUAUUGUGUUAGAUGUUGGCCUGCAGUGCAGGAAGUGCCUGUUUUGUUUUUCGUACCUCCUUCCUGCUGGCUGACCGCUCUAUUAUGUUGUGGUGUGUUUUGUGGUGUGUAUGCCUGUGUGUGUCUGUUUGUGUGUGUGUAUGCUGAGCACAUGGAGGAAAAGGAAGAGGCCUUGUAGUACGGGAAAAGACUAUUUACUGUUACACUGGGUCAGUAACUACAACUGGAGCGUCACUGCACAAAUACACACACAUGUGCACACGUAUACACACACACACACACACACACACACAAAGACUGAAUUGGUAAUAAAGAGAGAGAAAGACACACCAGGUUUCCCUCCAUUGGAUUUUAUGCAAAAGAAAUUGAUUAGCGCUUUGAAAUGGUUGCCAGUGAGACAUCACACAGAAGGGCUAUGAGAAGAAAAGAGGAAAGCUGCUAGCACCUUACAUACCGCAGAUUCAAGGUGUAGACCCUUCUCUGCAGACAGAUCCCCGAAUCCCAGCAUCCUCUCAGGCAGCUCCUCUCGCUUCCAAACAGAACAAACCCAGAGCAGCCAACUCACGGGACGAGCGUUUCAGAUCUGACCUGCACACGGAAGCAGUGCAAGCAGCUUUAGCAAAAUACAAAGAGAGAAAAAUGCCAAUGCCCUCAAAGAGACGAUCUGUUCUCGUCCAGUCCUCAGUGGAAGCGUGCACACCGCCUGAUACAUCCUCAGCAUCAGAGGAUGAGGGACGGAUGGCGUCAUCAUCACCGUUCCAGGCACCAAAUCCGAAUGUGGAACACUGGUUCAACCGUGUCAUCCAUCACCACUGCUCGUCCACUUCCUCCUCAGCCUCCUCCACUUCAUCGUACCCAGGUGGGCGGAGCCAACACAGCACUAACUCCGCCUCAAACUCUGCCACAGCUGCUACUGUUCUGGCUGACGUCAUGGCUCACACACAACUCGAUAACCACUGUGCUCCUCCGGAUGUGACAGGGCUGUCUGAGCGUUCACAGGUAGCCUCGGUGAGAGGUCUUCCCCGCGGAUACACACACACCCACCCCAGCAGCGCUAUGGACACGGCUGACGGUGUCCCUGUGAACAGUCGUGUUUCGUCUAAAAUCCAGCAGCUCUUGAACACACUGAAGAGACCCAAACGACCGCCGCUGUGUGAGUUCUUCGUGGACGAUUUCGAGGAGCUCCUGGAUGUCCAGCAGCCAGACCCUAACCAGCCCAAACCGGAGGGGGUCCAGAUGACUCCUCUGUCUGGCGAGCUGUUAGACGUGGGGACAAAACGGCUGCCGUCUCUCCUGGCCUCUCUGCAGCGAUGGGGCACUACACAUCCUAAAAGUCCUUGUCUCACAUCACUGGACAACACGGGCAAACCCCUUUACACCCUCACAUACGGGAAGUUAUGGACACGCAGUCAGAAACUGGCAUACACACUUCUGAACAAGCUCAGCUCCCGGAAUGAACCAUUGCUGCGGCCUGGGGACAGGGUCGCCCUUGUUUUCCCCAACAACGACCCUGUGAUGUUCAUGGUGGCAUUUUAUGGCUGUCUCCUGGCAGAGUUAGUGCCUGUGCCCAUAGAGGUGCCACUUACACGAAAGGAUGCGGGCAGUCAGCAGAUCGGGUUUCUCCUAGGCAGCUGUGGUGUGACUCUGGCUUUAACUACUGAUGUGUGUCAGAAAGGCCUUCCUAAAGCUCACACUGGAGAGGUGGCCACGUUUAAAGGUUGGCCACGUUUGCUGUGGUUUGUUACUGAUGGGAAACACGUUGUUAAACCCCCUAAAGACUGGAAUCCUCCAAUCAGAGACAGCAGCAAUGAGACAGCCUACAUUGAGUAUAAGACGAGUAAGGAAGGCAGCACGAUGGGCAUCACCGUGUCACACGCUGCCAUGUUGGCUCACUGCCAUGCGCUGACGCAGGCCUGCGGGUACACCGAGGGUGAGACCAUCACUAAUGUUCUGGACUUUAAGCGUGAUGCAGGUCUUUGGCAUGGUGUUCUCACUAGUGUGAUGAACCGGAUGCACGUGAUCAGCAUCCCAUAUUCCCUGAUGAAGGUCAACCCUUUGAGCUGGAUCCAAAAAGUACAUACCUACAAAGCACGCGUUGCUGUGGUGAAGUCGAGGGACAUGCACUGGUCACUGCUGUCUCAGAGAGAUCAGAGAGACGUCAGUCUGAGCUCAUUACGCAUGCUGAUUGUAGCGGACGGAGCCAAUCCUUGGUCGAUCUCCUCCUGCGAUGCUUUCUUGAACGUAUUUCAGGCUCGUGGUUUGAGGCCCGAGGUGAUUUGUCCUUGUGCCAGCUCAGCUGAGGCUCUGACUGUCGCCAUCCGCAGGCCUCCCGAAAUGGGAGUCCCUCCUCCGGGUAAAGCGGUUCUCUCCAUGAGCAGUCUGAGUCAUGGCGUGAUCCGAGUGGACACAGAGGAGAAACUGGCUGUACUCACACUGCAGGAUGUAGGUCAAGUGAUGCCUGGAGCGCUGGUGUGUGUGGUGCGACCGGAAGGAACACCGUACCUCUGCAGGACGGACGAGGUGGGUGAGAUCUGUGUGAGCUCCUGCACUACGGGUGUGUCCUACUACGGCCUGCCCGGCAUCACCAAGAACGUGUUUGAGACGAUUCCAGUCACGGCGUCUGGCUCUCCCGUUAGUGAUCGACCGUUCACUCGUACCUCGUUGCUCGGCUUCAUUGGACCGGACGACCUGCUGUUUGUUGUAGGGAAGAUGGAUGGGCUGAUGGUGGUCAGUGGGCGGAGACAUAACGCUGAUGAUGUGGUGGCGACCGCGCUGGCGGUGGAGCCAAUGAAAUUUGUCUACAGAGGACGGAUUGCUGUGUUCUCCGUGUGUGUGCUUCAUGAUGAGAGGAUUGUUGUGGUAGCGGAACAGAGACCAGAUGCAUCUGAGGAGGACAGCUUUCAGUGGAUGAGCCGAGUGCUGCAGGCGAUAGACAGCAUCCAUCAGGUGGGUGUGUACUGCCUGGCGCUGGUUCCUGCUAACACACUCCCUAAAGCAGCGCUCGGGGGGAUUCAUGUGUCUGAGACGAAGCAGCGUUUCCUGGAGGGAGCUCUGCAUCCCUGCACCGUGCUCAUGAGCCCUCACACCUGCAUCACCAACCUGCCCAAACCCCGCCAGAAACAGCCAGAGGUGGGUCCUGCCUCCAUGAUUGUAGGAAAUCUGGUUGCUGGGAAGCGAAUCGCUCAGGCCUGUGGGAGAGACGUGACUCAGUUGGAGGAUCAUGAUCAGUUUCUGUACAUGCAGGAUGUUCUGCAGUGGAGAGCUCAGGCCACGCCAGAUCACCCGCUGUUCCUGCUGCUCAACGCCAAGGGUGCCGUGGCGAGCAGUGCGUCCUGUGUGCAGCUCCAUAAGCGUGCUGAGCGUGUCGCUGUGGCUCUCAUGGAGCGUGGCAGACUGAACGCAGGAGAUCACGUCGCACUCGUUUACCCGCCCGGCAUCGACCUGAUUGCUACAUUCUAUGGUUGUCUGUACGCGGGCUGCGUUCCGGUAACAGUCCGUCCUCCGCACCCACAGAAUCUGGCCACAACACUACCCACUGUCAAGAUGAUUGUCGAGGUCAGUAAGUCAGUGUGUAUCCUGACCACACAAGCAAUAAUGAAGCUCCUGAAAUCCAAAGAAGCCUCAGCUGCCGUGGAUGUAAAAACAUGGCCGAUGGUACUAGACACAGAUGAUCUGCCCAGGAAGAAACUCCCACAGAUCUACAAGCCGCCGACGCCGGAGAUGCUCGCGUACCUGGACUUCAGUGUGUCCACUACAGGCAUUCUCGCUGGAGUGAAGAUGUCCCACGCUGCUACUAGUGCCUUGUGUCGCUCCAUAAAGCUGCAGUGUGAGUUGUACCCUUCACGACAGAUCGCUAUCUGCUUGGACCCUUACUGCGGCCUCGGCUUCGCUCUCUGGUGCCUCUGCAGCGUAUACUCAGGACACCAGUCUGUUCUGGUCCCUCCUCUGGAGUUGGAGAGUAACGUGUCAGUGUGGCUCUCAGCUGUGAGUCAGUAUAAAGUACGUGUCACCUUCUGCUCUUACUCAGUGAUGGAGAUGUGCACUAAAGGCCUGGGCUCUCAGACUGAAGCUCUGCGGUUACGAAACAUCAACCUGUCUUGUGUGCGCACGUGCAUGGUGGUGGCCGAGGAGAGACCCCGCAUCGCUCUCACUCAGUCUUUCUCCAAGAUCUUUAAGGAUCUGGGUCUCUCGCCUCGAGCCGUCAGCACCACCUUCGGCUGCAGAGUCAACGUGGCCAUCUGCCUUCAGCCCAACAGACUGGGCAACCUGGCUGAUCAGGGUACAGCUGGUCCUGAUCCCACCACUGUCUAUGUGGACAUGAGAGCACUUCGACAUGACAGAGUGCGGCUGGUUGAAAGAGGCUCUCCACAUAGUCUGCCUCUGAUGGAGUCAGGGAAGAUCCUGCCUGGUGUAAAAGUAAUCAUUGCUCACACAGAGACCAAAGGACCACUCGGAGACUCUCAUCUUGGAGAGAUCUGGGUUAGCAGCCCCCACAAUGCCACAGGAUAUUACACGGUUUACGGUGAGGAGGCUCUGCACGCUGAUCACUUCUGCACCAAACUGAGUUUCGGUGACACACAAACCGUAUGGGCACGGACGGGAUACCUGGGCUUCCUGCGCAGGACUGAACUCACCGACGCCAGCGGAGAACGGCACGAUGCCCUGUACGUUGUAGGAUCUCUGGAUGAGACGCUGGAGCUCAGAGGGAUGCGCUAUCACCCCAUUGAUAUUGAAACCUCUGUCAUCAGAUCACACAAGAGCAUCGCUGAAUGUGCCGUGUUUACGUGGACUAACCUGCUGGUGGUGGUGGUGGAGCUGGAAGGCUUGGAGCAGGAGGCUCUGGAUCUCGUUCCCCUCGUCACCAACGUGGUUCUGGAGGAGCACUACCUGAUCGUGGGCGUGGUGGUGGUGGUCGACCCUGGCGUCAUUCCCAUCAACUCUCGCGGGGAGAAGCAGCGCAUGCACCUGCGUGAUGGCUUCCUCGCCGAUCAGCUCGACCCCAUUUACGUGGCCUACAACAUGUGAAACCAGGAAAAAAAAAAACCAUAAAGGAAGUGAGACAGGAAUUGAGAUGGUUUCUCCUUCUGCACAUCUUCAUGAUGAAUGAACAUGAUGGAACUAUGCAGUGCGUGUGUGUGUGUCUGUGUGUGUGCGUUUUCCUCUAAGGAAGACUGUUACAAUGCCUCUGAUACAAAACAGUGUCUCCCCAUUUCAUAACUGACUGACUGCAUACCAUUUUGGUUUUGUCGUCAUUUCAAAUAUCAGGUUAAAGGAAUAUUAAAAAAUAUACAAUUUUCCUUUCAGGUUAAAUGUAAUUAAUCUUUUUUUUUUUUGUACUGGGUCUAUGAAGUUAAUGUAGUUAACAAAUAAAGGAAGUCUAUCUCACCCAAAACUAUCUAUCUCACCCAGGUUGUCAUAUAAUAUUGAUUAUAUUGGCUAUGUAAUCUCAUUUUAAGUAAAAACAAAAUUUGUAGUGAAAUUAGUGUAGUGUAGUCUACAGUACCUUUUUUAUUUUUGGAGGCAGGGUCUACAGGGCGGCCAACUGAUGCCAAGAUGGCUGCCACGCAUAAUUUUACAGAAAUUUUGUUUAUGUUUAUAGAUUACAGUCAGGUCUGGAGGGUUUAAAGCUCUAGAUAAAUAAAAAUAGGUGCCACAUUUCUCUAUUUGUCUUUGUUUCUGUUAACAAAUGGCUUGAAGUGGGUAUUUUUUUUACUUUGGUCUAACAAAAACAACAGCACCACUGACGGUUUUAACAGAAAAUUGGCAUGAAUGGUGCUGCCUUUCUGCCUUUCAAUGAGUAUUUGUGUUCCUGUGUGUAUUAGUUUCAUGCCUAUGCCUAUACCAUGAGAUGCCAUGCUAUAUGGCUCCAUGUUAAUGGUUUCAUAAUGAAAACAGCACGUUAUUAAUAGGUUGUAAAAGAAGUUUCAGUUAUGCCAUUAUUUUCCUAGCCAGCUGUCAUACGGUGUUCUAAGCCACAUCAGCAAGUGUGUGAGAAAGAAAGAACUGGAUGUGGUUUGAGGCAGACAUUUAUGCAAAUGAUUUUUGGUGAGAUAGACUUUCUAUUCCUCGUCAGCUACAUCAGCCUCAUAGCACUAGUGCAGACUUCAGACACCAAACAUGUCUUGGCUGACUGACUACAUUUGAUUUUUAAUGAACAAUUCCAUUAAUGUAUGCUUAGGGUUUGUUUUGAAGUCUGGAGGAAACAGCAACGAGGACCAUAAACACAACCAGCCCAACCGUUAAUGCUGAUCUUCAUAUUCAAUCCCAGAUCAGCACUUUUCUCCAACUCUCACUCUGAGACUUUCUCAGUGCGUGCCAACAUGCAAAGCAUCGCGACAGAAGGAGACUUCCGCUCGUCAGGACUGCGGCGACCAAGAGGAAGCGUGAGAACACACUGCACCUCAGCUCUCUAAUAACAGUAAAGCAAGAUGGCUUCAUCAUAUUCCAACAUAACAACAUGCUUCGAAUCUUUAAUGUAAUGUGAGAGAUUUUACAGAAAACCGAAAGUGCAAUAUGAUGAGAGCUGAGAUCUGAUUUCUUGGUAUAUAUAUAUUGGCACUGCUACAGUGUAGGUUUGAUGCUCAGGAUUGCAGUUUUUCUCUUUUGCUUGCACACAGUGUCACUGCUUUAAAAUACCUCAACACUAAUUAGGCUAGACACCUAGCAAAACGCAUGAUUUUAGCAAAACAAGACCCAAGCUGUGUUAUUAACCACAUCCGUCUAAGGUAUCAGGUAUAUUUAUCCGCUUAUUCUGAACUAGGGGCAGCUAUUUUUCUGGUGCUGACACAACUAUACUACUGUUUGCUGAAAAUCAUAGCUAACUAGCAUGUUAGCCUUAGUAGCUAGCAUGUUAGUCACACAGGUAAGGAACCUGUGAGGUUGUGUUACCUUAGCUAGUUAAUUUUAACCACAAUAUCACUUCGGGGAAUCUACAAACACAAAUUUAAACGCAGCUACCACCGUACCGCCAGGUACAAAACUAGCUUUUCAGUUACAUUUGUAAACAUUUUCCUCAGUUGGAGCAUCAGGUUUAUAAACACACCAUGUUUGUCCAAAAGGAAAACUCGUGAAACUUUGGUCCAGUAAACGAAUACUAUAUAUGAAGUGAAAUAUGUGAAGCUACCCUCAAGUCUGUCCUAAAUAAGGAAUCUGAGCUUUGCCAGUUUUUUCUUUUUGUCAGUGAGUGUUGUAGCUUUAAGCUUGUGUUCAAUGUGAAGUACUUUGCAGUUAAUGGGAGUUUUCAGGAGUUUUGGAAUAAGACACUACAUUUCAUAACAGUUCUGUGUGUGCAAUUGAGAAAAACUGUAACUAACUGAAUAGAAUAUCACCAUCAUUAAGCUUAUGUUGAUCAAAUACAUGAAGACAGUGGCCCGUAAAUGCGAAAGACAUCAACAAAACAAAUGCAACAGCAAAUCAGAAAACACAACAGCAGUUAUGUAUAGUAAGGAUUAGGGGUGUAAUGAGACGCAAAAUAUAGUACAUAUUACGUAGAUACAGGAUACAGUGGUGUCUUGAUACGAUACAUUUUCAAUACAGAAAAAAAUAAGCAUUGCCUGAAAGUGAGAACAGCGUUUGUGCAACACAAUGAAACAAAAGCUGUGCGUUAGACUUCCACUGGUGUGACUCUGGGUGGUGUGGCUUAUUCUGCUGUUAGCUCAUUGUGCUGUCAGAGUCACGUAGCUCUCUGUAGCUCUGGGUGUGUUUUUGAAAUCUCAGUUCUCCACUACAGAAUAUAUGAACUUCUCAAUCGUGGUGGUGAUUUCUUUAUCCUGGAUUGAAUCAGCAGGGAAAGGCCUGAAUGCUGAGUUUGCUGUGCGUGUGCUUUGCUUUGUGAUGAAGUGUGAUCUCGCAAAAGUUUGUGGUAUCAGCGCUGGUGUAUUGUAUUGGUAUUCGGCACACUGUAACGUUUCCCUCCACAAAUCUCUCACUUCCCAGGAAACCAAAGUACUUUCUACACCAGACCUUAAAGAUUUGAAGGAGUUCCUGUCCACUUCUCACCGAAGCCACUGAUGCUUUUCCUGAGCUAAUACACUAGAAAAACAGCGUGCUUAGGAGAAGCAUUUUUAUUUAAAUCCUCAUAGCCUCUUUUGAUUUGAUUUCGAGAUCAAGAUGAAGCGUCUUUUUUCAGAGGAGGAUGUGUGGCUUUGAUUAAGUUUAAAUGUCUAUUACACCUCAUGUAAUAUAAGCGGUAUUUUAUGGUGACUAAACAAUACGAAGAUGCAUCAAAUUGAGUACCUCGUAUCAAACAUAUGAUACACCAUUUCAUUACAUCCCUAGUAAGGAUAUAGUUAUUAUAUGAAGAGAAAUUCUUUCUUUUGAAAAAGCCGGUUUCCUUUAGGCGGGGUUUCAGCAUUCACAUACUCAUCAAGUUGACAAAAUAGCUAAAAUAACAUCAUAUGAAUGUCUCUGAAAAUAAAUAAAGGCAUCAGUAAAUUCAUUUAGACUCAUAUUCCCUCUGACUUUAAACAUCCUCCACCUCGCCGCUUUCUGUCGUCUCUCAGACUGACGUGUGCUGUAGCCAAUCAGCAACGAGCAAACCGAACUAUACACUCUCUUCUGAGUCAGGGUUUAUGUUUUGGAAUUUGCUGUUGCGUUUUCAACUUUGUUGCAGCGUUUUCUGACUUGCUGUUGGAUUUUUUUGGUUUGUUAUUGUGUUUCACAGUUACGGACCACUGUAAAUUAAGCAUCAGAAAUCAAACAGCAUCAAAAUUAAGGUUAUGCAUUCCUCAAUCGCAUCUCAACAUGAGCCUUAAAUAUUUCCUGAUACCUGUGGACAUGUUAUUAUUAUUUUUUUCCUAUCAUACCUGUUAUUAUUAUUUUUUUCCUGUCAGGGUGCAGUGUGAAUCAUAUUUAAGAUAUUAUUAACAUUAUCACCAUCUAUACAUCAUCAUCAUCAUUUCAGGCUUUUUUUGUGUGUGUAACUCACUUUCUGUAUUUAAGUAGCAGAUUUAUACUUGUCUUAAGUUUUCUGCUUGAGCUUCAUGACCACUCAUGCCUAAAUUAGCAUGCAUCACACUUGAAAAUGAAUGUAUUGGGGUGACAUUUUCCAAAGUGACUUAUGUACUGUGCUUUACUGAUACAGAAGCUAACUUUCAAUCCACACCCACCUUCUCCCAGGACAUCAGAACGAAUGAGCAGAAACGGCAGAGUAAUUUCAGGAAAAACGACGAUUGCAGGUGUAAAGGGCUUCGUUUCAGUGCUUGUUUUUGAGUGUAAGAAUAGUCGCUUGUAUUUUUCAGAUUCAUUAUUCGCUGUAUAAUGAGAAGGCCAGCAUUGUAAAGAGGACGCUUAUUUCCAUGGCUGCAUUCUGUAUUAUUUUUUUGUUUGUUUGUUUUUGUGAGCUGUGUCAGGUGUUAAGCCUGCUGUAAUUAUGUACAGAAUUUGUGUAAGUUAUUACUGAGAUCCUAGAACGUGGUAGGAACAGAAGAAGCCUCAGAGCUAACCAAAUUUUCAUCUUUUCUUCACCAAACAUCAGCAACAGGAAUCAAUAUGUAUGCUGUUCUUUUCUGUUACAACACACUGGGAGGAUGCAGGGACUGGUUUUGUUUCCAGGAUUACAAAGCACAUGUGGUUUCUUCAGUGUCGAACCAGUUAAUGAAUGUUCUGAGCAAUCAGCUGACAUGGCUUUUUGUCCUAUGUUAACAUGAUUUUUCUUAAUAAAUAACUUGCUUUUAAUGGACUCGGAUAAAUCUGUCUUCGUUGAUGAUUAAAAUAUUCACACACGGGAAUUAAGACUUAUUGACGCAUUAAACUAUCCUUAAUUAUGCCAUUUGUCAUGAUCGUAUCAUAUAGUGCAGUAUAAUUUCACUAAUGCAGUAGCUUUUUUCUGUCUUUCGCAGACAGGUUGCUGGAAUAAUUAGCAUGCUUACUUGAGAAAUGCCUUCCACUCUUUGAAGACAGCAACUGCAACACACACCGUUAGGUCCAACAGAAGUGAAAAAGUACUUAAUGGUGCAUUUAAAAACAUGACAUUCAAUGCCUACAUUUUGGAUUUUAGAGAGAGACUCUAAAACCAGGUGAGUGAACCAAGUGGAGGACCGGACCCCAUCGAAAGACUCUAGUUUGUUCUUUAACACAUGGAUCUGUUAAUAACUUCAGAACUAAAGAAAUGCAAGCAGCUCUACUUGCAUGUUAUUUUCAUCUCUACCUGUAUUAUGACACCAAAUCCCAUCUUCUGCGCUAGCCUGAACUAGCAGUUAUGAGUCAACAUACACAUGCAAGUAUGAAGAAA